GUCAAAUAUACACAUUCAAAGACACGGCACCACACAAACAUAAUUCAUUACGUGUUUGUGUUUAUAAUUUACAAGAUUGGCAACAUUGUGCGAAAAAAUUGUGCAUAUACGAACCGCAAAGGAGAGACAAGACAAGACGUAUGUAUGUACUUUAGUUUAACGAGUACACAAUAUGUGGUACUUUAUUCAAUUUUAUUAUUACUGAUAUCCACCUAAUAUUGUUCAAAUAGAGGGAUUAAAUAUUUAGAAUGAUGAAUGAGGAGGACGAGAGUGGUGCCAACGGCUUUUUGACUGCUUCCCAACUUUUACAAGUAAAAGGAAUAGGAAGUGUCGCUUGGGAUGAUUGGUAUCAAUCAGAAAUUGCUUUGCCUAAAACUGGUAAAAAAUACUUUGAACCUAGUGGAUCAUGGUUGCAGAGUAUGCAACUUGAGAAUGGCUUAAAAAAUCGUAAAAGGCUAUUAGGAAUAGAGAGAGUUGAUCGUUCAUCACAAUUAGCAUUAGCCGAAUGGUUAGCUAGUAGUCAAAAGGCCAAAGUAAUAAAGAAAUCGGGUCAAAAAUGGGAAAAUUUUGGCUAUGAAGAUAAAUCACAAUUAUACCUCUUACCGGAGGAAGCUUUAAUUUUAUUGGAAAUGAAUUGUUUGGAACUGAGUUGGAAUGGAAUGCCACUUUCCAUUCAACAAGCAUAUGAAGUAUUAAUAAAUUCAGAAAAUUCUAAGUGUACUCAAGAUGAAUAUAGGGUAUAUUCACAAUUAGUUAGAUGGGGAUAUAAAUUACAAAGAUUUAGAGAUAAAUCAUCAUUGGAAAAUAAAUUAUCCAAUAUAACAAAAAGAAUUAUCAUGAAUCCAGAUGGUUUAUGGACACCAAACACAUCUCCUACAAUAGACAAACAAAUUUCAAAUAGCAGCGAUUUGAGCGCUACAUCUAAAACAAGUAGCGAGCAAGAAAAUGAAAUUAUAACUAUAUCAAAAGUAGAUAGACUGCAAAAUGAGAAAUUGUUAAAAGCUCAAAAAAUAGAAGUUAUUUCAGAUACAACAAUACUUGUAAAGGAUAAAAAUUCAACGGUAAAUCAAGUUGCAAAAUGGCCUGGAUCACGAAUUCAGCGUAAUGUUAAAUUAAUGCCAAAAAGGAAUGAUAAAAUAAAUAAUACAAUAAAUUCGAAUUCUGAGGUAGCAGAUCGAUAUUCUCUAAAGAAAUCUGAAACACAUAAAAAUUUUAAUUCUACAGAAAUUGUUUCCUCAAAGAAUCCUCGGCCCGAAAUUAUCGAAUUAUCUGAUGACGAAAUUGAAGAAAUUCCACGACCAAUGUCGCGGAUGGAGAUUUUAAAUACCCUUCCGAAUUUAGCUGACAUUGGAAAUGAGUCUGUAAUCGCAGAAAUACCUAGAGCUUAUAUUCCUUCUGGUAUUAAACCAAUGAAAGAAUUCUAUCGCUAUGAUCGUAAUAGGUUAUUAAAUCUUUCUGAAGCUGAUAGCGUGUUGAAGUCAGAUAUGCAGGUUGUCCCGAUAAACAAUCUCCAAAAUCGUCAAGGGAGUCAUUUUUACUCUCAACGAAGCCAGUGUCAAGCUAUAACAACAUAUGGUUCGAAUAACGGGUACUCAUAUAGGGGUAUGAGGUGUCAACGAGAUGGUGAUUCGUUUAUACAACAGAACAUAUCACAUAACGCCAUUCAUAGCCCUUAUUCUGGCACCGUUUACCAAAGUAAUUAUGUGAACUUUGUAAUGGAAGUAAUGGGUAAUAUGGUACGUUCCUUUCGGCAGCAACAGUUUCAACAAACAACAAUUUGCCAAAAUGUACAAAUCUUCAAUCCUCGUUAUUUAUAUACACAGCAAAGGUUUCAACCAUAUCCCAUGAAUCUUUAUACCCCUUCACCAAGAGAACAAUAUUAUAAAAGAGGUGGAGGUAGCGGAGCACAAGCAGUAACAGCACAAAAAGGCAAAGGCAGUAGAUAUAACAGCGAUUAUCAAAGAACAACUCUGGAUGAACCGAGCCAACCGUCAUUUUUAAAACGUCCAGGGGUUUCUUCGUGGUUCGAAUUGAAAAGAAAAUGGCGAGACGAAAGCACAAUAACAAUCGAAGAUGAGGAGCCCGUGCCAAUGGAUGUUGCAAUCGACAAUAGUGAGGUACAAGUUGUCGAAGAGUCUAUUAGUCCACUUAUCUGUUCGAAAAGUAGCAUAUCUAAUCUAUCCGAAGUCUACGAAAGACUUAGAAUUAUAAAAUCCGCUACGGACAGAACGGUCAGAUCUCGCAAGAUCGAUUAUUCUCUUUCUUAUGAAGUUUAUCCAGUAAAUCAGCACUACAAGAAAACUUCCCCAGGAACACCAAUAUGCCGAUUGUUUAUAAUUAAUUCAAAAAAGGAUCUGUAUCUGGAUUCCAGUAAAUUACAAAGAUUACAACAAGAAUCAAAAGACGUUCCAGUUGUGGUAGCAUUCGUUUCUCGAUCUUCUAUUUCGUAUAUUCAACUUGGUGUAGUGCUUUUACCGAACUUAUCAUAAUGAUGUAUAUAAUUGUAAAUU